AUUAAAGGAAAAAAAGGUUGAAUAAAGGGAAGGACGGAGGAGCAGCGGGGGCACGAUUCUCGAAUGGCGUAUUCUCUAACCUAUCGUAUUUAGCGACAGCGAAGAAAAGCAGUUUCUCGGAGAGAUGCAAACAAGGCGAGAAUUCGAAACCCUUCUUCUGUAGAUACGCAUAGAGAGAGAAAGAGGAUGAGUUGUCGGAGAGUGUUGAAGUCCGUACAGGCCUUGUCGGCUCACAGCUUGCUCUUCUGUUUCACGCUCUUGUUGGUGCUGAAGCUCGAUCACAGCGUCUCUUACUCUUGGUGGGUGAUAUUUCUCCCUCUUUGGGCAUUCCAUGCUGUUGUUGCAAGGGGAAGAUUCUCGCUUCCUGCUCCAACAGCUCCACGUAACCGUCAUUGGGCUCCAUGCCAUGCUAUUGUGGCGACACCAUUGCUUGUAGCAUUUGAACUGCUGCUCUGUGUAUACCUCGAGAGUGUAUAUGUACAUGGGUUGCCAGCCGUGAGCUUGAAGAUUGUUUUCCUCCCGCUGUUGGCAUUUGAAGUAACUAUACUGGUGGACAAUUUCAGAAUGUGUAAGGCUUUGAUGCCUGGAGAUGAUGACAACAUGAAUGAUGAAGCAAUAUGGGAUGCACUCCCACAUCUCUGGGUUGCGAUUUCCAUGGUGUUCUUGGUGGCUGCCACAGUCUUUACUCUCCUUAAGCUUUCUGGUGAUGUACCUGCUCUGAGAUGGUGGGAUUUAUUCAUAAAUUUUGGAAUUGCUGAGUGCUUUGCUUUUCUCGUAUGUACAAAAUGGUCCAAUCCAGUAAUCCAUAGAAUCCCACGUAUCCGAGAAACCGGGUCAUCUUCUACCGCUAUCAGAUAUCUUGAUUGGAACAGUGGCCUUGUGGCUGCUUCAGAAGAGGAUAUACACCACGAUAGAAUUUGUGGCCCUCAAGAUAUUUUUGGCCAUAUUUUGAAGAUUCCCCUCAUUGUGUUUCAAGUUCUCCUUUGCAUGCAUUUAGAGGGGACACCUCAAGGUGCUAAGUAUAUACCUCUUCCGGUCCUGUUCUGUCCACUUUUCCUGUUGCAAGGUGCUGGUGUCCUAUUUGCUGCAUCUAAACUAAUUGAGAAAGUUAUUCUCCUACUUCGGGGUGAAGCUGGUUCAGGAUUGUAUUUCAGAUUUUCAUCUAGAGCACAUGAUUGCUUGGGUUUCUUGCACCAUGGUUCUAGGCUAUUAGGUUGGUGGUCAAUCGAUGAUGGAAACCGUGAGGAACAGGCUCGGCUGUACUUUGAUCAUGAUUCUGGUUACAAUACCUUCUGCGGCCAUUCACCUGAGAUAGUGAAGAAAAUGCCUAAGAAAGAUCUUGCUGAGGAGGUGUGGAGACUUCAAGCAGCACUUGGUGAGCAAACAGAAAUCACCAGGAAUAUGAAAGGCUGCAAAAUGAGAAAGUGCUAUGCAGAGUAUGUUUUGAGGCAGAAAUCAGCGUUGUACUGCUUCCAUGUAGGCACCGUGUCCUCUGCAGAAACUGUUCAGACAAGUGUAAGAAAUGUCCAAUCUGCCGUGUAGCUGCGGAGGAACGGCUGCCUGUAUAUGAUGUUUGACGUAGGAUAUAUAUAUAUAUAUAUAUAUAUAUAGAGGUUAUACACUCCUCUUACUCGUGUCUCCUUCACGUUUUCUGAUGAAUCUCUAAUCUGUGCAUCACUAUGAUGCCAUAUGCUCUUCUCGAAAAUAGGAUAAAAAGUAUAGUUUUGGUAUAGGCCCAACAGAAGUCCUCUGUGUAUAUGUAUAUAUAUAUAUAAUUUCACGCACUUCAAGGAAAUUGUAGCAGCAACAGGCAAAAACCUCUUCUUACAGUUAGCUUUGUAUAUUUCGUAAUUCACAUCACAUUCACUUCCCUCUUAUAUGUACAUGUGUAUGUAUGCUCUCGUUCAUAUAUAUCUAGCGUUAUACUUGUAAAGGAGUUGGACUAAGCUUUUUUUUAUGUAGCAAUAAUAAUACUCAAAACAUUGA